AUGAUAAACCGUAAAAUAAAGAAAAGCUCAACUUUUCGCACUCUAGAAGUAAUUCGUCUGCCAUCAAUUCAGCGAUCUCAAAAAAGUAAAAGUCCUGAGCCUAGAAUAGACCCCCAUAAUAAUGAAAGUGGAGAUAUACAAAAGACAAGAAGUAUGCCUGCUCAAUUGAUAAUUAAAAAAGACUUAAAAAGAACUUCAGUGUUAACAAGAAGAGAAACACUCGCACAUAGCCAUUUAAUGGCUCCUAUAAGUAUGAGAAAAAGAGUGUCCCAAAAGCAGCUUCCUCCUCUUCAUGAGAGCACUUCAGAUGGGACUGACGUAACUUCUAUUAAUCAAUUCAAAAAUACAAACCAGACCACAGAACUGGUUUUUGAUGCUUCUGAUCAAGUAAAAAAGUCGAUAAACCGAAUCAAAAAUCUCAUCAAAAAAUGCAAGGACAAUAAUUAG